UCGGAUAGUACGAGUUGUAUAAAAGCUAAUGCUCAAAAAAUCGACAUCAGUUGACGAUACGUUAUCAUCUGAAGCAAUGGCCAAGUUCAUCGUAGUCCUCGCUGCUCUAGUCGCUGUAGCUUACAGCUCAGUAGUUCCAGUUGUCAAGGAAGACAACGACUACUCCAGCUUCGCUUACGAUGUCGCCGACCCCAACACCGGAGACUACAAGAGCCAAGUUGAAAGUCGCGUCGGAGGUACAGUGAAAGGACAAUACUCCCUUGUCGACCCUGAUGGCACCCAGCGCGUCGUUGACUACACUGCUGAUGAUGUGAACGGUUUCAACGCGGUUGUACAGAAGAACCCUCUUGCCGUAGCUGCCUCCGCACCAGCCGUAGUUCAAGCUAAGACCGUCUACUCCGCCCCUGUAGUGACCAAGUCUUACGUCGCCCCUCAAUUUUACUCUGCUCCCACCGCUGUAGUAGCUAAAUCUUACGUCACCCCUCAAGUCUACGCUACUCCUUCAGUCUAUGCUGCUUCCGCCCCUAUUUAUGCUAAGUCUUACGUCGCCCCUCAAGUUUACGCUGCUCCUUCAACAUACUUUGCAUCCACCCCUGUUGUAGGAAAGUCUUACGUUGCUCCUCAAGUAUACAGUAGUCCUUCAGUCUACUCAAGUGUAUACGCUCCUGGACUAGUUUCCAGCUACUCUUCCCCUUACUACUCAGGCUACGUACCUGUUACUAAAAAAAUCUACUGGUAAAAAUGUAACAACUGUCUGACAAGCUUGACCUUACUUUAAUGAUUUAGGAUUAGUUGCUGUGUAAAUUGUUGUAAAAACGAAAACGAAUUGUUUAUCAAAAUGUAAUAAAAACAUUUAAUAAAA